AUGGCCGCUGCUAUGCAGCACUACCUUUCUGCUGGAGGUGUUUAUGCUCAUCACCAGCAGCAACAGGCUGCGCAUCAGCAACAGCAACAGCAGCAGGCUGUGCAACAACAACAACAACCAGUCAAUGUGCGUGCUGCAGCACUAACUCAUCACCAACAAUUAUUGCAGCAGCACCAGCAGCAUCAACAGCAAGUGCAUGCUGCUCAAGCACAAGCACAGACGCAAUUUAUGCAACAAGUACAUGGACUAGCAGCUGUACAGCAGGCUCAACAACAGCAUGCAGUUCUGGGCACUACACAAGCGCAUCCUUCACACCAACACCUACAACAGCAACAGCAUCAGCAUCAUCAUCACCAACAGCAACAGCUGCAACAGCAACAGCUGCAGUUACAGCAACAACAAGUCCAACACCAGGUGCAUCAUCAACUCUUACAAGACUUUAGACUUCCGGAUAUGUAA